GUCUACUGUGAAUGCUCUCUCGGGCCCACAGAGAGAAUGGCGUGAUUGCCUCUCCUCCUCUCCUCUCCUCUCCUCUCCUCCUCUUCUCUCCUUUCCUCCUCUCCUCCUCUCCUCUUCUGUCCUCUCCUCCUCUCCUCCCACCCGGCGCAUAUCUCAGGUGGAGUUAUGAAUCUUAUUCCAGGUCUGUCGGGGUUCUCCACCAUGUUCGGGAAGAAGAAGAAGCGUCUGGAGAUCUCGGCGCCCUCCAACUUCGAGCACCGGGUGCACACGGGCUUCGACCCGCGCGAGCAGAAGUUCACGGGCCUGCCGCAGCAGUGGCAGAGUCUGCUGGCCGACACCGCCAACCGGCCCAAGCCCAUGGUGGACCCGUCCUUCAUCACCCCCAUCCAGCUCGCGCCCAUGAAGACGAUUGUUCGUGGGAGCCGGCCGCCCAAGGACGCCUCCAUCAACGGCCUGCUGGAGGAGUUCGACAGCAUCUCGGUGACGCGCUCCAACUCGCUACGCAAGGAGAGUCCACCGGGGGCGCUGCAGACGGCCGGGGGUGGAGGGGGGGGCGGCGGGGGCAAGCCCCCCCUGUCCUCCGCCUCGGGCCUGGGCUCCAAGUCGAGCGGCGCCGGCGGGCCCGAGGAGAACGGCUUCAGCCACUACUACGCCCGCUACUCCUGCGACCUGGACGGCAGCCGGGACUUCUCGCUGGAGCCGUACCGGGACAAAGGCGGAGGCGUCUACGCCUACGACUACACCAGCGGCGCCGGUGCCGACUGGCCCGUGGGCCGCCACUACCGCCACUUCCCGGCCAAGCAGAACGGGCACCCGCUGCCCAUGCCGGGCCUGCUGGCGCCGCUCCACCACCCCAUCCGCAGCCCCUUCUACCCCGACGCCAUGCCGCAGAAGAGCUCCGAGUUCGCCAAGCUGCCGCCCGACUACCACGCCUACCUGGAGUCCAAGGUGCGCCUCUCGGCGUCGGCCGGCGACGGGCCCAGCUCGGGCUCGGGCUCGGCGGGCACCCGGGACUACUACCGCGCCUCGCUGGGCGGCUCGUCGUCCAGCCAGGACUACCGCGAGGUGCCCAUGGGCACGCCGUCGCGGGCCUCCCUGCACAGCGACCAGCUGGGCUACGGCUGCAGCGAGGGUGGCAGCGAAUGGGGAGGCAUGAGCGGCGGGGGCAUCUACGGCCUCGUGCCCAGGGACGAGUUCGAGCGGCGGCCCAAGUCGUCGUACGUGACGCAGAGCAGCCCCCAGCCGGCCAUUCGCCAGCGCUCGCGGUCCGGGUCUGGGCUGCAGGACCCCAGCGGACCCCCCCACUCGGCCAGCGCCUUCAAGGUGGCCCCCCAGGCUCACCCGUACAGCUCGUACACCUACCCACGCCUGUCCGAGACCCCCAGCACAGCGCAGGCCAUGGCCAAGGACUACGAGCGCUCGGUGCGUGACGGCAGUCCGCAGGGUCCCGGGGGCGACACCUACCCCCGGGGCUCCCUCAAACUACCUCAGGGUCCGCCCCGGCCCGGCUACCCCCCCUCCGGCCUGCCCCCCGAUCGCCACCAGCACCAGCACCAGCACCCGCCCCCUCCCCUGCACUACGCCAAGCCCCCCCCCUCGUCCUCCUCCUCCUCGGCCGCCGCCGCUGCCUCCGCCGCCCUGUCCUCCUACCACCACCAGCACCAGCACCAGAACCAGCAGCACCACCACCACGCCCCGGCCCAGCCCAGCCCGCCGUACACCCCGCAGGGCCCGCUGUCCCAGCCCACGUCGCCCUACAUCCCCCCGGGGGCCUACCCGCCGCCCAGCUGGGGCUCGUGCUCGGAGCAGCCGCCCUCGCGGGUCUCGCACGAGCAGUUCCGCGCCGCGCUGCAGCUGGUGGUCAACCCGGGCGACCCGCGCGAGUACCUGGACAACUUCCUGAAGAUCGGCGAGGGCUCCACGGGCAUCGUGUGCAUCGCCACCGAGAGGCACACGGGCAAGCAGGUGGCCGUCAAGAAGAUGGACCUCCGCAAACAGCAGAGGCGGGAGCUGCUCUUCAACGAGGUGGUGAUCAUGAGGGACUAUCACCAUGAGAACGUGGUGGAUAUGUACAACAGCUAUCUAGUGGGAGACGAGCUUUGGGUCGUCAUGGAGUUCCUGGAGGGAGGGGCUUUGACUGACAUUGUGACGCAUACCAGGAUGAACGAGGAGCAGAUAGCCACGGUGUGUGUGUCGGUGCUGAGAGCCUUGUCUUACCUCCACAAUCAGGGUGUCAUCCACCGGGACAUCAAGAGCGACUCCAUACUUCUCACCAGCGACGGCAGGAUAAAGCUGUCUGACUUUGGCUUCUGUGCACAAGUGUCCAAAGAGGUGCCCAAGAGGAAAUCCCUGGUGGGGACGCCAUAUUGGAUGGCUCCAGAGGUCAUCUCAAGGUUACCCUACGGAACGGAGGUGGACAUCUGGUCUCUGGGGAUCAUGGUGAUUGAGAUGGUGGACGGCGAGCCCCCCUAUUUCAACGAGCCCCCCCUGCAGGCCAUGAGGAGGAUACGCGACAACCUCCCUCCCCGGCUCAAGGAGUCCCACAAGGUGUCGUCGGUGCUGCGGGCCUUCCUGGACCUGAUGCUGGUGCGGGAGCCGUCCCAGAGGGCCACGGCCCAGGAGCUGCUGCUGCACCCCUUCCUCAAGCUCUCGGGCCCCCCCUCCUGCAUCGUGCCCCUCAUGCGCCACUACCGCCACCGCUGAGAUGCCUAGCAGCCUGCCGCCAACAGGGCGGCGCUCUUCCACACCCUCCCAGCUCACUCACUCGCACACACACACACACACAUACACACAUACACACACAC